UGUGAUGGUGUUUGAUGGUGUCCCUUUUUCCCACCCACCCCUUUCUCCUGAGCAGUGUUGGAUUCCCUGGACAUGGAGGCCCUGGUGAGCACAGUGCGGGCCUGGAUUGAGAACCCAGUGAAGUUUGCCCGCUCGCACGGGGUGAAUGUCACACCUGGCUCUAGAGAGCCAGCCUCCCAAGAUAUCCAUAUAUUGGUCAUUGAAGGCUUCCUGCUUUAUAAUUACAAACCUCUGAUCGAGCUCUUUGACCUUCGCUACUACCUGGCCGUGCCCUACGACGAGUGCAAGAGGAGGAGGAGUACACGGAAUUACACGGUGCCCGACCCCCCGGGCCUGUUCGACGGCCACGUGUGGCCCAUGUACCUCAAACACAGGAAGGAGAUGGAGGAUUCAGGGGUGGAUGUGGUUUAUUUAGAUGGCCUGAAGUCCAGGGAUGAACUCUACAACCAAGUGUUUGAAGAUAUUCACAACAAGCUCCUAAAUUGCUCCUAGGGUUGGGAGGACCCCAAAAAUCCGUGUACAGCGAUGUAAAUAAUACUUGGAAGUGGGAGUGGGAAUUUGUGUGAACUCCUCUCCCUCUGCCCUUUGGCAAGUCCCUUCUGUAUAUAAUUGAAAACUGAGGAUAACUUAUUCCCACCACAUGGACAGGACGGCCUGGGUGGGGUUUAUUUUUUAAUUAUUUUAUAUUCUGCUGGCUUACAGAGAAGCUGGAAACGGCAUUUUUAUAGCAGAGCAAGUAGAGCUGUGCUGGGAAAGCAAAGAGAGCUGCUGCAGACAGAAAGGCUUUGUGCAAGGCUUGUUUGUAACAUCACCAACUCACUAAAAAUCCACUUCAGUCUCCUUCUGAGGUCCUGAUUUAAUUCAUCACUCAAUGGAUAAUCACUGCAAUAAAAUGGGUGUGGAGCUCACCCAGAACACAA